AUGCGCGUGCUUUCAGAUCUGGCCUUUGUGGCUUCACUGGUGCCAUUGGCACUUUCGGCUCCUACCUCUGAGUCUCGGGUUUCCGCUCAGCUGGAAUCACGAGACGCUGCUGGAUACUCCUCGCCGCCGUACUACCCUGCCCCUAAUGGAGGAUGGCUAUCCAGCUGGGCAGAGGCUUACGAAAAGGCCCAGAGGGUCGUGAGAAACAUGACCUUGGCCGAAAAGGUGAAUCUGACCACCGGGACGGGCAUCUUCAUGGGCCCUUGUGUUGGCCAGACGGGGAGUGCGCUGCGAUUCGGGAUCCCUAACCUCUGUCUUCAAGAUUCUCCUUUAGGGGUGCGUAACUCCGACCACAACACCGCAUUUCCGGCCGGCAUCACUGUCGGCGCGACCUUUGACAAGGACCUCAUGUACGAUCGCGGUGUGGAACUGGGAGAGGAGUUCCGCGGAAAGGGAAUUAACGUGCUUCUUGGGCCGUCAGUCGGCCCGAUAGGGCGCAAGCCGAGAGGAGGCCGCAACUGGGAAGGCUUCGGCGCGGAUCCCAGUCUGCAGGCGAUUGGCGGUGCGCAGACGAUCAAGGGAAUCCAGAGCCGGGGUGUUAUCGCUACGAUCAAGCACUAUAUCGGCAACGAGCAAGAGAUGUACCGGAUGAGUAACAUAGGCCAAAGGGCAUACUCGUCCAAUAUCGACGAUCGGACGCUCCACGAACUCUACCUUUGGCCAUUUGCAGAGGGGGUGAGAGCCGGGGUUGGCGCCGUCAUGACUGCGUACAAUGAGGUGAACAGUUCGGCGUGCAGUCAGAACAGCAAGCUGCUCAAUGAAAUUCUGAAAGAUGAGCUAGGGUUCCAGGGUUUCGUCAUGACCGACUGGCUUGGGCAGUAUGGCGGAGUCUCAUCGGCCCUGGCCGGUCUGGAUAUGGCCAUGCCCGGCGACGGUGCUAUACCGCUUUUAGGCAAUGCUUAUUGGGGAUCUGAGCUCUCGCGCUCUAUUCUAAAUGGCUCUGUCCCGGUUUCGCGUCUGAACGAUAUGGUCACUAGGAUCGUGGCAACAUGGUACAAGAUGGGCCAGGAUGGAGACUAUCCGCUGCCCAACUUCUCGACCAACACUCAAGAUGCGACGGGGCCUUUGUACCCAGGCGCUCUUUUCUCGCCAUCUGGCGUUGUCAAUCAGUAUGUCAACGUGCAGGCCGAUCACAACAUCACUGCGAGAGCAAUUGCCAGAGAUGCCAUCACUUUGCUAAAGAAUGAUGACAAUAUUCUCCCAUUGAAGAAGAACGACUCUCUAAAGGUUUUUGGGACAGAUGCCGGCCCUAACUCCGGCGGUCUCAACUCCUGCGCUGAUAUGGGAUGCAACAAAGGGGUGUUGACCAUGGGCUGGGGCAGUGGCACGUCCAGGCUUCCGUACUUGGUCACUCCACAGCAAGCCAUUGCCAACAUCUCGUCCAACGCUGCCUUCUAUAUCACCGAUAAUUUUCCCUCUAACGUUGCGGUAAGCUCAGGUGAUAUCGCCGUGGUACUCAUCAGUGCCGACUCCGGAGAGAACUAUAUCACCGUCGAAGACAACCCAGGGGACCGGACCUCGGCGGGGCUGAACGCAUGGCACAACGGCGACAAGCUCGUCAAGGAUGCAGCUGCAAAGUUCUCCAAAGUCGUCGUGGUCAUCCACACCGUGGGCCCUAUCCUCAUGGAGGAAUGGAUCGACCUGCCUUCUGUAAAGGCCGUCCUUGUCGCGCACCUCCCCGGACAGGAGGCCGGCUGGUCCCUGACGGACAUCCUCUUUGGCGACUACAGCCCCAGCGGCCAUCUCCCAUACACCAUCCCACGCGCCGAAUCCGACUACCCCUCCAGCGUGAGUCUCCUCUCGCAGCCCAUCGUCCAGAUCCAGGACACCUUCACCGAGGGCCUGUACAUCGACUACCGCCACUUCCUCAAAGCCAACAUCACCCCGCGCUAUCCUUUCGGGCACGGGCUGUCCUACACUACGUUCAGCUUCUCGCAGCCUACAGUGACCACACGCACCGCACUCGACAGCGCCUACCCGCCCACUCGCGCCCCCAAAGGCCCAACCCCAACCUACCCCACCACCAUCCCCAACCCCUCUGAAGUCGCCUGGCCCAAGAACUUCGACCGCAUCUGGCGCUAUCUCUACCCAUACCUCGACGACCCCGCCGGCGCCGCAAAGAACUCCAGCAAGACAUACCCCUACCCGACAGGGUACACGACCGACCCCAAGCCGGCCCCGCGCGCCGGCGGCGCAGAAGGAGGCAACCCAGCCCUCUUCAACGUGGCUUUCGCCGUCAGCAUCACGGUCACAAACACCGGCACCCGGCCCGGCCGCGCGGUCGCGCAACUCUACGUUGAACUACCCGAUAGUCUGGGCGAGACGCCCUCCCGCCAGCUGCGGCAGUUCGCGAAGACGAAGACGCUAGCCCCCGGGGCCAGCGAGACCUUGACCAUGGAGAUCACCCGCAAGGAUCUCAGUGUUUGGGAUGUGGUGGUGCAGGACUGGAAGGCGCCGGUUCGGGGCGAGGGAGUGAAGAUCUGGCUUGGGGAGAGUGUGUUGGAUCUGCGGGCUGUGUGUGAGAUUGGAGGUGCUUGCAGGGUUAUAUAA